AUGACCGCAGAGAAAUUAAAUGGAAGAGCUCUCUUUGAGCAAAUUGGAAGACCCAAAACCAUUGUUGCCCCAAUGGUAGAUCAAUCCGAACUUGCAUGGCGUAUCCUUUCCAGAAGAUACGGAGCCGAACUUUGUUAUACCCCCAUGUUUCAUGCCCGUCUCUUUGCAACAGAAGAAAAAUAUAGAAACAAAAUGUGGUCCGAGUGGGAUGGUGAUAGGGAGAAAGAUCGUCCAUUAGUGGUGCAAUUUUGCGCCAACGACCCAGAAUACCUUUUGCAAGCAGCCAAAUUUGUCGAAGAUAAAUGUGACGCUGUGGAUUUAAAUUUGGGUUGUCCACAAGGAAUCGCCAGAAAGGGGAAUUAUGGUGCGUUUUUGAUGGAUGAUUGGGACUUGGUCUAUAAAUUGAUCCGCAAGCUACAUGACAACUUGAAAUGUCCUGUAACGGCAAAGAUCAGAGUUUAUGAUGACUGGGAAAAAUCUUUGGAAUAUGCUAAAAUGGUUCUUAGUGCAGGUGCCCAAUUCAUCACGAUACAUGGCAGGACGAGGGACAUGAAGGGUCAAGCGACUGGAUUAGCUAACUGGAAGAUUUUGCGCUACUUGAGAGACAAUUUGCCUUCCGACCAAGUUUUUUUUGCCAACGGUAACAUAUUAUAUCCGCUGGAUAUUAACCGCUGCAUUGAUGAAGUUAGUUGUGAUGCGGUGAUGUCGGCGGAAGGUAAUUUGUAUAAUCCAGGUGUGUUCUGGACGAAAGAUGAUGACAAGGAUAAGCAAUUCGCACGGGUAGAUAAAAUGCUUCGAGAGUACUUUGAUAUUGUGAGGACUUGCCCAGGUGAAGCUUCACGGGUGGCGAUGAAGGCCCAUUUCUUCAAGUUAUUGCAUGCGUUUCUUAAUGUCCACAAAGAGUUGCGCCCAAUCAUUGGACAGACUAGCGUAAACGCGGAUUUUUCUGUCUGGGAUGAUAUAGUCAAAAAAGUGGAAGCGAUUGUCGAAGAUAUAUUCGCGCAGCCCAACAUUGCUGAACUAGACGUGAUCACAGAAGGUGAAUUGCAAUCAUGGGGAGGAAAGUACAAAACUAUUCCUUACUGGAGAUGUCAACCUUACUUCCGAACAGUUGACGGUGAAAAGCAAAAUACUCGUGUGCUCAAGGUUGCUGCCAGUGGAGUUGCUGAAGCAAAGAAUGAGAAAAAGCGUCCUGCUGAAGAAAACACGGAGCCAACAAAAAAGAUAGCGGUUGAGCUGGUGCAUUAA